CAGUUCCUAUCAAAAAAAAGAUAGGAAGCGAUAGAACAUUAUAAAUAUGCAUAUAGUUCAACCAUAGAAUAAUAAACAAACUAAAUGGAAACGUAUCAAUUGUGUAUUUAAACGAUCGUGUAAAUAAUUUCUACAAUGAUCAACUGAUUUAUUUUCAUUCAAUAACCAAUAGCUUUUUCUCUUCUAAAUACAUAUACUUAACAUCAAGUUUUAAGGAGAACAAACGAGAGAUUAAGCUUUUAUAUGCGCUGCUGUAGAACUGAAUUAUAAAAUGAGUAUUCAUUUUAUUUUAUUCUUAAAAGGAUUAGACUUGUAAAAAGAAUUAAUUUGUAAUUAAGUGGAUUAUUAUUAAUCGAUAUGUUAGAAUUAUAAAAUCGAUUAAAAAUUUUCUUUGAAUUAUUAAUUUGAUUUGAAUGACGACUUAAUUUAUAUAUGAAAAGAUGAAGUAUUGCAGAAGAAAAAUGCUAAAAUGUGAAAGACGAGAAAAUCUAAUACAAAGGAAUACAAAAUUCAGAAUUAAUUUUAUCAAGUGACAUGUUUGUAAACAAAUGAUUUAUUUUGUUCUACAACAAGCCUUAUUUAAUUUCACUUUAUAGGUACGUUAUACACAAAUCAUCAGUAAUUACCCUGCAAUAAUCAUACGUUUCAUUAAAAACUAUCAAUAUCAUUGUAAUGAGAAUGAUCGUAGAAAAAUCUUUCUUAACACAACCAUGUCAUAAAAAAAUAUAAAAAAAAAAUAUAAUUAUGUGGUUAGGUGUUUUCAAACUAACUCAAGACAAAAAAAAUUAUUUGAGUCAGAUGAAUAUAAGAGAGUCAGAUGAUAGAAAUGAGUAAAAAGCUUUCUGUGGAUACAGAUUGGACUUCAGGGAACAAAUAUAUAAAAAGUUCAUUGCAUCAAUUUUUUACUGUCAACAAGAAUAAUCAUAACGUUGUAUCUGUAAUAAAAGAAGCAGAUUUACAAAAGAAAAAGCGUAACUUUCAAGCCUUAAAGAAUAUGAAACAUUCUGAAAAUUCUGCGAAUAAAGAAGAAAAAAUAAAUUAUGAAGAAACUUCUUCAAAUAUAAUAACAAAUCAUAAAUCACAACCUUUAAACUCCACGUCAACUAAGAUUAUUAUUAAUCAUCAUGAAAAUGCACAUAUACAAUCGGAGAUUGACAGUAUACAUGAAACAUUAUGCCGCAGAGGUCAAAUUGAUGUUAUAGAAAUGCCAUUAGAACAAACAUAUUUUUAUAAGUACUUUUUGGUUUAUGAAGACUUACCAUCGAAAUUUGUAGUCUUACAUGCUCUACACAGUAACACAGCAAAAGAAGUAGCAAAUAAGUUACUAGAUAUAUUAGCAAUUAUUGGGGCUCCUCAAGUUCUACAAAGUGGAAAUGGACGAAAUUUUGCUGAACAAAUUGUCAGAGAAUUACGUAUUUUAUGGAAAGAUUUUAUUAUAUUACAUGGAAAUGUGUGCAAAUGCGAAGAAGAUAGUAGAGAUUUUAAAAAUUUAUUAAAAUGUUGGUUAAACAAAAAUCCUGGAAAAACAUGGUAUGAAGGCUUGAAAUUUAUACAAAUCUUUCAAAAUUCAACAUAUCGUUGUCAAAAUGGUAAAAUACCAUGUGAUGUAUUAUUUGGACAAAAUGUUCAUCAAGAGUUUCAAAAAUUAAUCAUCGCUAAAAAUACAACAAAUGAUAUGUGGACAGAAGAAGAAUGGAUAAAUGUUACAUUAAAUAAAAAACAAAAUAAUACUAUUACAUUUGAUAAUUUGACUCAUAUUUCUGGAAAUAUAAUUUCAAUAAAUACAACUGAUACAGAUAAAAAUGAUAAUUGCCAUAUUGAAUACGAUGAUGUGUCAUAUAACAAUCAUAAAAACAAUCAUGAUGAUUCUUUUCAAUUUCAUAAAAAUUCAAAUAACUUUAAAUUUGUUAGUGUUAAAAGUGAAACAUUUUUGGAUAAUUUACAAAUGGAAGAUUCAACAUGUACAGAACCAAAUAUUGAAGAACGUAAUCUUUGUCUAAAUAACCAAAAUUUAACAUGUAAAAUUUGUCAUAAACAAUACAUGAAACUGGGACAUUUGAAAAAUCACGUAAAAACUCAUAUUAAGAAACGACAAUUUGAUUGCACAUUGUGUAAUAAAACAUUCCAAAUCUUGAAAUUAUAUGAAAAACAUAUGCAACAAUUUCAUGAGAAUUAUCAACAAAAUAAAAGUCAUACAGAUUGCAUAAAAAAUGAUAAUAGCUGUAGUAAGUAUACUGAUAUAAAUGUUAGUAAACAAAGAAGUAUGGAAACAGAGGAAAUUCCAAAGAUACAUAAAUCAAUUAUGAAAUCUCAUCAAAGUAGUAACAUAGUACUAAACCAUACGAAUAAAUGUGUUAGAUCUAUAAAAGAACCAAAUUCUAUCAAUGGAAGACAAUUUUCCAGGAAGAAAGAAGAAAAUAGAAUAUCAAGAUUGAAUGGAAAUCCAACAUUAGAAUGUUCAUACUGUAAACAAAAAUUCAGUUUUCCUAGUGUAUUAAAAAGACACAUGCGCUCUCAUACAAAUGAAAGACCUUAUGUUUGUAAAAUAUGUAAUAAAAGUUUUAAACAAUUAGGUCAUCUUAGUCAACAUUCAUUGACACAUAAAGAUUAUAGAUCUUUUCAAUGUGCAAUAUGUUGUGUUAAAUUUGAAUCUCUGGAUUUACUUAAAACUCAUUCUCAAUCACAUCAAGGUGAAUCAAUACUAAAGUCAAAAGAAAUUUAUCGUCUUUUCGAGUGUGAUAACUGUAAAAAGGUUUUUACAACAAAGAGUGUGUUAGAACGUCAUAUAUUUACUCAUACACACGAGCGUCAAUUUGGAUGUAAAAUAUGUGGUAAACGAUUUAAGCAAGCUGGUCAUGUAAAAUCUCAUAUGUUAGUUCAUACUGGAGAGCGAAAAUUUGAAUGCACUAUAUGUUCAAAGAGAUUUAGCUUAUCAAAUUCACUAAAAAAACAUAUGUAUAUUCAUAAUGGUGAAAAACCAUAUCAAUGUGAUGUGUGUGGAGCGAGAUUUCUUGAGAAAAGAAAUCUUAAUGGACAUCUUAUGACACAUACAAACGAAAGGCCAUUUUCUUGCAAAAUAUGUGGCAAACGAUACACGUUAGCAGAUACGCUACGUCGGCACGUCAGUGCUGCUCAUGAAGAUGGUCGAACGUAUCAAUGUGAAAUUUGUGCAAAAAUGUUUAAACAGCUUGCACAUUUGUCUGUUCACAAGAAAGUACACAAUGAUGAACGUCCUUUCCAAUGUCAUCUUUGCGAAAAAAAUUUCAAACACAAAAAUGUUCUCAAAUCUCAUUUAGCUAUUCACGCAAAUAUUCGACCUUUUGAAUGCGACAUUUGUAAAGCAACAUUUGUUAGAAAAACUAAUUUACAAACACAUAUAGCAUCAGCACAUAUGAAUGAACGUCCAUAUGCUUGUACAAUUUGUGGUAAACGUUUUAAGCAAAUAAGCCAUUUAAAUGGUCACGUUGUUGUUCAUAGUAAUUCAAUGCCUUAUCAGUGUGAUUUUUGCGAUCGUCGCUGUAACAGAUUGGAUAAUUUAAAGAAACACAUGCGUCUUCAUACAAAAGACAAAGAAUAGAUAAAUGAAAGUUACGAAUUCAGUAUUUUUAAUACUGAAUAUCUUAUUAAUUUAUGCUUUAAUUCUAUAAUUGUAAAUGCUUUAUAUAAAUUGCUUUAUAUUUACAAAAUGUCAUGAAUAUAUGAAAUAUAUUUGUAAUUUUAUAUAGGAUUAUAAUAAUUCCUUGUGGGAAGUUAUUCAAUUUAAAAAUUUUUCAUGGUACAAAUAUUUGGCACUAUAUAUGUAUGUGUGUAUGUGAAUUAAUGAGCUUGUAACGUUUUACAUUUUAUAUCAUAAGUUAGUAAGUUCAUUUAAUUGAAUACCUGCUUUAUCUUCAUUAUUAAUUGAUAUUGAAUUAUAUUAGUCCAAUAACAUACAUUUUAAUCAAU